AGACGUAGACACUUUACCUCAAACUUAACGAAAUCAUUUUGCAAGCUUCAAAUAUCGGACACCGCCAUGGCAAUGGCAGGUCCAUCUUGGCCCCUUCCCUCUUAUGGAUAAACUUCUCUCUUAAUUCUCUCUCCAACUUCCCAAAUUCCAAUACCAUAUCCACACACACACAUACGUACGUACGCAAACGCAUUUAUAUCUCUCUCUCUACAUAUAACAAGCCCUCAAUUUCACCCAUCCUUUGCCAUCAACACCAGCAUACUGUUUGAGAGAGAGAAAUGGAGAGGGCAAUUGAGAGACAGAGAGUGCUGCUCCAACACCUUCAUCCUUCUUCCACUUAUUCUUCGCUCGAGAACCUCGAUUCUUCUCUAUCUGCGUCUAUUUGUUUGGCUGGUGAUAGUGCUGCAUACCACAGGAGCUCUAAUUUUGGGGAUGAUGUAGUCAUUGUAGCUGCUUAUCGGACUGCACUUUGCAAGUCAAAGAGGGGUGGUUUCAAGGAUACAUAUCCAGAUGAUUUACUCGCUCCAGUUUUGAGGGCACUGAUAGAGAAAACGAAAUUGAACCCAGCUGAAGUUGGGGACAUUGUUGUUGGCACAGUAUUAGCACCAGGCUCCCAGCGAGCUAGUGAAUGUAGGAUGGCUGCAUUCUAUGCCGGUUUUCCUGAAACUGUGCCGGUUAGAACGGUUAACAGGCAGUGUUCAUCUGGCCUUCAAGCAGUUGCUGAUGUAGCUGCCGCUAUCAAAGCUGGAUUUUAUGACAUUGGUAUUGGUGCUGGGUUGGAAUCCAUGACUACAAACCCUAUGGCUUGGGAAGGAUCAGUAAAUCCAAGAGUUAAGACAAUGGUAGAUGCCCAAAAUUGCCUUCUUCCAAUGGGGGUUACUUCAGAAAAUGUUGCACACCGUUUUGGUGUAACAAGGCAGGAGCAAGACCAGGCUGCGGUUGAGUCACAUAGAAAGGCUGCUGCUGCAACUGCUUCUGGCAAAUUUAAAGAUGAGAUAAUACCUGUAAACACCAAGAUUGUGGACCCAAAAACCGGAGAUGAGAAACCUGUUACAAUCUCUGUUGAUGAUGGAAUUAGGCCAAACACAACUGCGGCAGAUCUAGCAAAACUGAAGCCAGUAUUUAAGAAAGAUGGGACCACCACUGCUGGAAAUUCGAGUCAAGUUAGUGAUGGUGCUGGAGCUGUCCUGCUUAUGAAGAGAAGUGUUGCGAUGCAGAGAGGAUUGCCAAUUCUUGGUGUAUUCAGAACUUUUGCUGCUGUGGGUGUUGAUCCUGCCAUCAUGGGUGUUGGUCCAGCUGUUGCAAUUCCAGCUGCAGUCAAGUCUGCUGGUCUUGAACUAGAUGAUAUUGAUUUGUUUGAGAUAAAUGAGGCAUUUGCAUCACAAUUUGAAUACUGUCGUAAGAAGCUGGAGCUUGAUCCAGAAAAGAUCAAUGUUAAUGGAGGUGCAAUGGCCAUUGGGCAUCCUUUGGGAGCAACAGGAGCUCGCUGUGUUGCCACUCUACUGCAUGAGAUGAAACGCCGUGGCAGAGAUUGCCGCUUCGGUGUGGUGUCAAUGUGUAUAGGCACAGGAAUGGGUGCUGCUGCUGUUUUCGAAAGAGGAGAUUCUUGUGAUGAGCUCUGUAAUGCUCGAAAAAUUGAAACCAACAAUCUUUUAUCUAAGGAUGCUCGCUAAAUUCUGGAACACACACCAUCACCUUUUGCCACUUUCAUUCAUAAUGUUAUACCUAGGACCUGGAUAUCCAUUAAAGCAACGUAAUAAUUUGUUUGGGGAAUAAAGCUAUAAUCCAGGAUUGGUUUUGUAACUUGUUAUUGUACAAGCAAUAAUCCCGUAUUUGAUGAUACUUUGCAAUACCAAAAAUUAAAUAUUUAUCGUGCAAUAUUUAUAUUUUAACUACGUAAUU